AUGCGCCAAUGCUCCAACAGCGACAGCAACAGCGACAGCGACAGCGACAGCGACAGCGACAGCGACAACUGCGUCGGUAAUAAGCUGAUGGCUAAGUUUCAGAACAGCGCCGGGAGCCUCGUCGAGGGCUCUGAUGCGGGGAAGCCGAGUGCGCUGAGCGCGUCGUCGCUCAAGCUGCGCGCGCAAGCGGUGCGGCUCGGGCUGCCGCCGCAGCUGCUCGUCGCGCCCUGCUCCGAGAGGGUCGAGAUUGACCUGCUCGAGGACACGGUUCCGCUCGGCAGCGGCGAGUUCUGCACCGCCCACUCGGCGAGACUGCGGGGGGAGCGAGUCGCGCUCAAGAUGCUGCGGCCUGCGCGCGAGUCGUCCGAGCUCGCGAUCUCGGACCUCCGCAGGGAGAUCGCCGUCCUGUCCCAGAUGUGCCAAAACGGCGGCGGACACCCGAACAUUGCGCGCGCGGCUUGCGCGGUCUGCCCCUCCUCUGCACCGCCUCUGAAGUUGACGCACUUGGCAGGCCGCAUCGUCCUCGCCGACUUCGGGCUGCUCAAGAUCUGGAAGCGGGGCGAGGACGACACAGAGCGGCGCCAGCUGACCGGCCUGACCGGCCCCCUCCCGCUGCGCUCGCUCCGGUACAUGGCGCCCGAGGUUGCCCUCUCGCAGCCGUACAACCACAAGGCGGAGGUCUUCUCCUUCACCUCGCUGCUCUACCAUGUCCUCUCCCUCGAGAAGCCGUUCGCCGCCAUGGACGCAAAGGCUUUCGUCACCGAGGCGUGCGCCGCAAAGGGAAACCGCCGCUCGGCGUGGCCGGCGAAGCUCCGCCGCCUGAUGACGGAGGGUUGGGCCGCCGACCCGACCGACCGACCCGACUUCGAGGAGGCCGUGCGCGUGCUCGAGGCGCUCUGA